AUGGCGGCUAAGAUUCCCCCCUUCGAGCACACAUCGCUUGACGAAAUUCCUGCCGUCGCCGCGCGCAUCCGCCAAAGCUUUCUGUCGCACAAGACGCGCCCGCUCGAGUUCCGUCUGGUGCAGCUCCGGAAGCUAUACUGGGCACUCAAGGACAAUGAGGCUCUUAUCAUUGAAGCAUGCAAAGAGGAUUUGGGCAAGCCAACAUUCGAGACGCACCUUGCGGAGCUCUCAUGGUGCAUGAACGACAUUGUUUUCAUGCAGAACAACCUGCCGCGAUGGGCCAAGGACGAGAAGGCAGAAGACAUCAACUUCACGAACAAGCUGAUGGGUCCGCGCAUCCGAAAAGACCCCCUCGGCGCGGUGCUGGUUAUUGGUGCCUUCAAUUUCCCCAUUCAACUAUCGCUCGGUCCCCUCAUCGGCGCCAUCUCUGCUGGCUGUACCGCCGUCCUCAAGCCCUCCGAGAGCUCGCCCCACUGCGCGGCUGUCAUGCAGAAGAUCAUCGCAGAAUCUCUCGAUCCCGAAUACUACACCAUUGUACAGGGCGCCAUUCCUGAGACCACCGCACUCCUCGACCAAAAGUGGGAUAAGAUCUUUUACACAGGGUCCGCCAACGUCGGCACCAUCAUUGCGAAAAAGGCUGCCGAGACACUCACACCAGUCGCGCUGGAGCUUGGUGGCAGGAACCCCUCUUUUAUCACGAAGAACGCGGAUCCGAAGCUGGCGGCACGCCGUCUGCUUUGGGCCAAGACAUUCAAUGCGGGUCAGGUAUGCGUGGGUCAGAACUACACCCUCAUUGACAAGGAGAUGGUGCAGCCCUUCGUGAAGGAACUGGAGGUGCAGCUCAAGCAGUUCUACCCGCAAGGAGCCCGGAACUCUCCCGACUACGGUCGUAUAGUCAACCAGCGCCAGUUCCAGCGCCUCAAGAAGAUGCUUGACGAGUCGCGCGGCAAGAUUCUGAUUGGUGGUACCAUGGACGAGGAUGAUCUCUUCAUUGAGCCCACCGUGGUUCAAGUCGACUCCAUGAACGACUCUCUUAUCAAGGACGAAUCAUUUGGUCCAUUCCUGCCCAUUCUCCCCGUCAACGACCUCGAUGAAGCUAUCAAAAUCGCGAAUGAAGUCCACGCCACUCCGCUCGGUCUCUACCCCUUCGGCUCCAAAGCCGAGAUGGAGAAGGUGCUCUCGCAGACGCGCUCCGGGGGCGCCACUCUCAACGACGGCUUCUUCCACGCCUCUAUCCCCACUCUUGCCUUUGGUGGCGUAGGUGACUCGGGUCAAGGCGCGUACCGAGGCAAAGCAUCAUUCGAUGUAUUCACCCACAGAAGGAGUGUGACGAGUACGCCUACUUGGAUAGAGGGCAUGCUGGAUAUGAGGUAUCCUCCUUUCACGGCUAAGAAGCUGCAGCAGUUUUUGAAGAUGAGCGAGAUGAAGCCGAACUUCGACCGACAAGGAAGAGCGAUCGGAUGGGGUGGGUGGUUUUUGGGAUUGCUCGGUUUUAAGUCAUUGGCUGCCGUUGUGGUGGCCGCCGGUAUCCGCAUGUACCUCCAGCGACGCGCGAAAUUGUAG